UAACAAACCCAGUUUAGUGAUGAUUCAGGCUUACGAUCGGAGAAGAACAAUUGGUCGAGAUUGAGGCCGCGAAUCCUUCUGCGUAUCAGGAUGUGAUAACCGACAGUACGCUCCAAGACCUUGACCUGCGGCGAAGCCUGGCUCGCAUUCAUGGGAUAGUUGAAGCCAGUCCGGGUUGAGAGACAAGAAUAAAAAUGGAACUGGCGGUAUUGUUUUCCUAGAAGAGAUCUGGCUCUCCUUCUGUCCAUAUAAACUCCCUGAUUCCCUCAACUUCACAACUCAUCCAACAAACCCCAGACAUCUCUUCUCUCGCCAAAUGUUCUCACUCCUAUACUACCCUCUAUGGGCCUUUGCUUCCUGCCUAGUUAUCAUCACUCUCAACGUCUUAUACCAGAAGCUCCCUCGAAAUGCCAACGAACCUCCGUUAGUGUUCCACUGGCUUCCAUUCUUUGGGAAUGCUGUUGCUUAUGGACUCGACCCUUAUGGCUUCUUUGUGAAGUGUCGAGAAAAGCACGGCGAUGUCUUCACCUUUAUCCUCUUCGGUCGAAAAAUCGUUGCCUGUCUUGGUGUUGACGGCAAUGACUUUGUUCUCAACAGUCGAAUUCAGGACGCCAACGCCGAAGAAAUCUACAGUCCAUUGACAACGCCUGUCUUUGGUAGUGAUGUCGUAUACGAUUGUCCCAAUUCGAAGCUCAUGGAGCAAAAGAAGUUUGUCAAGUUUGGCCUUACACAAAAGGCUCUCGAGUCCCAUGUCCAGUUGAUCGAGCGAGAGGUUCUGGAGUACAUUCAAGCUGUACCUUCAUUCUCUGGAAAGUCUGGCACAGUUGAUGUAUCCAAGGCAAUGGCUGAGAUAACCAUCUUCACUGCUGCUCGCUCUCUGCAGGGCGAAGAAGUUCGACGGAAGCUUACAGCUGAGUUUGCAGCUCUGUAUCAUGACCUUGACCUAGGCUUCACUCCUGUAAACUUCCUGUUCCCUUGGCUACCUUUGCCUCAUAACCGACGUCGAGAUGCUGCUCAUGCAAAGAUGAGAGAGAUCUACAUGGACAUCAUUAACGAACGAAGAAGAGGCGUAGGGGACUUGGAGAAAGGAACUGACAUGAUCGCCAACCUGAUGAAUUGCGAGUACAAAAACGGGCAGCCGAUUCCGGACAAAGAGAUCGCGCACAUGAUGAUCACUCUUCUCAUGGCUGGACAACACUCUUCGUCAUCUGCUAGUUCAUGGAUCAUACUACAUCUGGCUUCAUCCACUGACAUUGCUGAGGAACUCUACCAAGAGCAACUCAUUAACUUGAGUGCCGAUGGUGUUCUCCCUCCCCUUCAGUACUCCGACCUCGACAAGCUUCCCCUUCUUCAGAAUGUCGUCAAAGAAACACUCCGUGUUCAUUCUUCCAUUCACUCCAUUCUGCGAAAGGUUAAGAGACCUAUGCAAGCACCUGGAUCACCUUACACCAUCACCACAGACAAGGUUCUCCUCGCUUCACCAACUGUUACAGCGUUGAGUGAAGAACACUUCACAGACGCCCAAAGAUGGAAUCCUCAUCGGUGGGAUAACAAACCCCAGGAGGAGGCCGUGACGUACGAUGUCAUUGACUACGGCUACGGCGCUGUUUCUAAAGGAACGAAGAGCCCAUACUUACCCUUUGGCGCUGGUCGGCAUCGCUGCAUCGGGGAGAAGUUUGCUUAUGUCAACUUGGGCGUUAUCGUUGCGACUUUGGUGCGCAACUUCAGACUGUCGACUCUUGAUGGCAAGCCUGGUGUUCCAGCAACUGACUACACUUCUCUCUUCUCAAGGCCAGCCCAACCUGCAUACAUAAACUGGGAGCGCAGGAGGGCUUAAAUACUUGGCAAUGGGGGAGAAGAGUAGUAGUUCGUACGUAUAAACGAGUUCCAUAGACAACUUAUGAUGAGUGCAUCACAUAUCGAUAUCAUUUCCGAAAUGGACUACAUAAUAAUAGCUACUGUUUCUAUUGUAGAAGCUAAUACAGAAAGAGGAGCAUGCGCACGGCUUCGUUUUCGUGUUCUUCAAUGAAUCGUCACCCUUAGGUAUCACCUAGCAACCAUGGUAUAUAAAAAAGAUGCCCUAUUUGCACAAUUCCACCUCUACUGUUGCGAACCGCCUUGUCCGUUGGCACCGCCGGCACCGGCACCGGGACCACCAGCACCUCCGAAGGGGUUGCCACCACCGCCCAUCAUGUUUCGGGCCCUGAAGAUUGAGUCAGUGACUAUGAAUAGUGGCGGGAGCAAAAUGGGUAACUUACAUCUCUCCAAUCUGAGGAUCGGACAUGAGGCUGUUCAGAUCAGGCAUACCACCACCAGUAGAGUAGCGAUCGGCCAUCUCGCGUAGACGGGGGUUGCUCAUGAGGUUGUUCAUAAGGUCAGGGUUGCUCAUGAGCUUCUGGGCCAUGUUUGCGAACAUUGGGUUGCUCAUGAUGCUACCGAGAUCGGGCAUACCACCGCCCUGGCUACCAGCACCACCACCGCCGAACAUGCUGGCAAGGUUACCAAGAUCGGGCAUGCCACCAGCACCGAGAUCACCACCGGCGCUAGGAGAAGCACGGGGAAGAGAGUCCUCCUCAGCCUCCAUCUCUUGAACACGUCGCUUGGCCGUCUCGUAGCCCUUCUUCAUAGCGUCAGAGCCACCGUUACCUUCAUGCUGGAUACCGCGGUCGUAUGCCUCCAUAGCACCACGAGCGUCGCCUAGGGCGAAGCGAGCAAGACCAAGUCGGGACCAGGCCUUGGUAUAAGCGGGGUCGAUGGCUACGGCAGCCUCGGCGUCAGAGCGGGCGGAAGCGUGGUCCUUGUUGGCCGAGUGGGCAGCGGCGCGGUUGGAGAGGUAGACAGCGUUGUUGGCGUUGAUAGCCAGAGCCUGAGUGUAGAAGUCGAUGGCAGCACGGUAGUCCUUCUGUGCCAUGGCAGCAUUUCCCUUUGACUUCAGGGCCUCGGCCUCCUUCUUCUGCUCGUCGGUGAGCUCGACGGGUGCGGGUGUAGGAGCAGCGGCCGCGGGCUUGUCGGCGCGGGCCUUCUCGAAGACAGAGUAGAUCUGGAGGAGGUUCUGAGAUCCGAUGGCGGCUUGGACAGCGGAGGUAUCGGAGGGAUCGACCUUGAAGGAUUCGGCGAUACAGUUGAUAGCCACAUCGAUGGAGUCCUUGUCGUCAACGGUGAGAGUGCCGUCAUUUGUCGAAGCGGAGAGGAAAUCGCAGAUAGCGAGCGCCAGGCGCUGCUUGGAGUUGUGAGUAGACGCCUGCAGGAGAGUAUUAGCCACAUGUCAAGAGUCAUGACGAGUAUAUAGUGCAGUCGUGCUUGAUACUGCGGGGGAUUGCACUGACCAUGGCGAAUGGAGAGAACCUGAAGGACAGGUUUAGACGGGAGGUGGAAAAUAAAUGGAAGGAAGGCAGAAGAUACAAGUCUAAUAGAAAAGAUCCAAUUGAAACAAGAAGCGGGUAGGGUUCGGUGUGCAGGAGGUCAAGGUAGAUCUCAGAAGUGCAGGCAAAAAAGGGCCCCGCGGUUGAGGCGUCGUGGAGUUUGGGCUGGAAGGUUCCACGUGGGGCCUGGGAGCAACCGAAUCUGUGCUGCAGCUGCGGGGGAACGACACCCGACAGUUAAUCUUAGCGAUAUAAGUAUACCCAAAGAUCCAUGAUAUUCGUAACCAAAUAAUUAUACUUUGACUUUUAAUGCCCGCUGGAAUAGCACUUCAUGCAGCAGAGUUUCACCUGAG